GGCCAAGAACACAUGCCUUCUUGAGAUGAAGGAGAACAAUUAGCCAGAUGGGUCCAGAGAGUGCUUGGUAAGGAAGAGGAGGCUCCUGCCACUAACCAUCUUGUCCUGUAGAUCCUCCCAGAAGGGCCUGAGCUGGCUGGGAGCUAGGGCCAGAGAGACCCCCCAGGCUCUCAGAGACUGCCUAGUGCCCUGUCUCCUUGGACAAUGUUGAAGGCACUGUUCAUCUGUGUGGCAAGCUGCCUUCUGGUAGUGAAUGAUGGCAACAUCAUCCAUCGCUGUACUUUGGCCAAGAUUCUGUAUGAAGAGGACUUGGAUGGGUUUGAGGGCUACUCCCUGCCUGACUGGCUGUGCUUGGCUUUUGUGGAAAGCAACUUCAAUAUAUCAAAGGUGAACGAGAACGUUGAUGGUAGCUUCGACUAUGGCAUCUUCCAGAUCAACAGUCGUUACUGGUGCUACGACUACCAGAGUCAUUCGGAGAACUUCUGCCAUGUCGACUGUCAAGAACUACUGAGUCCCAACCUCAUUUCAACCAUUCACUGUGCAAAAAAGAUUGUGUCUGGAUCAGGAGGGAUGAAGAACUGGGUAGAAUGGAAAUUGCACUGUUUAGGACGACCACUCUCCUACUGGAUGACGGGAUGCCAUCUGGGAUGAGCCAGGGUGCAAACCUACUGGGGAGUCACUCCAGGACCCCUGUACUCCUUGGACAUUCUUCACUAUUCCGUCGUCUUGCCUUCACCUGUUACUUUUUUCUCUUCCCACUUGCAAGUAAAACUGACCAGAGUCCUGGGGGAAAUGUCUUACUUCGGCUCCCUGCUUGUGUUCAGCCAGGCCCAGUUCCUCUGUUCCUAUCAUUUGCAAACCAAGAAGAUGUCAAAUAAAUAUAAUUAUAGUUUUCAAAA